UGUGGUCCAGUUCUUUUGUUAAAGUUAUGUGGGGACCUUUGAGACUCUGCUGUUCAUCCUGACCUGAAAUGACAUCUUGUAUUAGCACUGGUGGAAGGUGCUUUAUUACCUGCUAAUUAAGCUUACUUAAGCCCUGUUGUUGCACUGAUUGCAGUGGGUACAGCUUGAUGCCACAGACCCUGACCUACAGUAAAAAUUAAUGUAUGGUUUAGAUUUGAUCUCAGUGAACCUAAGCUGCAAGAAUGGCUUUGGGAUGUAGCUGCUUCAAGUAUAAUGCAAAAAACAGGAUUGCCAGACAGUCAAACCUGUGGCUUAGUAGGCUUCAGGUCAGUAUGCUGUUCUGCUUCUGGGUGAAGCAAGCAAGCUGGUUUGCUUUGGAAGUCACACAUGGUAGCUCUCUGGCCUGAGAUCUGCUGGGAUAUUGGAGAUUAGGCUCAGCCCAUUCUAAGUCUUCAAGCCCAAGAUCUAAAUGUAGAAGUCUUUAGAAGUACAGUGUGGUUUAGAUACCAUCAUCUCGCUGUGAACUGGAUGACAUUGUGCAGUGAGUGAUGCUGAAAGAGGAUUCCUAGGAACACCCAACCAGUUCUCAGGAAUGGUGCUUAGUUUGUAGGCUGCACUUGGGAGCUAGUAAAGUUAGUACCAUGCUUUCAAUGUAACUGAGCAGGGCACACGAACCUUAUGAGCUUGCAGGAGGAGUUGGUGGAGGUGCUGCUGUUGGACUGGAGAGGCUCUGUGACGUGGGUUUGUUUGCAGCUGGUUCUGUGAAUUUGACUUAUUUCUGCCCUCUGGCUGAGCUGCAUGGGAAAAUGUGCUCAAGUGCACUGGUUUCUUGAGUCCUCCUGUAACCUCUCUAUCAGAUUUCUUGGAAACCAGGGCCUGUGGGUGAUCUGUUUUGUCUGGAGAAGGGUUUGCUGAUGGCCCUGGAAAUGCGCAGCCAAGCUAGGGCAGCUAUAUAACUAUAUAAUAUUUAAAAGAUAUCAUGCUAGGUCUUGUUGCUUUAAUGUCAAAAGUCUGAUUGGGUUUCUCAUUCCAGAAUGAAAACUGUGGAACAAGCAAGCUAUAAAAACCCCCAGUUAAUAAUAGGUAUUGAAUCCUGAACACCUUGGUGCUGUUUCCUGCCUACAUUUGUGUCAUCUUACGUGCCAGAAGUGGAACUUUCCCUUCUCAAAGACAGGAGCCUUUGUCACCAAGAGUUGCUGCUUUUGGUGGCUAGGCUGAAGGCAAUCCAGAGAGCCAGCAAAUCAGUAGGUCCAAUGACUCCAAAGAACAAAUCCAUCUUUCCCAGGACUCUUGAUGCAUUGUGGCUCUGUGCUCAGAAUCAAGGCUCAUUUCUCAAAGACAGUCAUAAAAGACUGACCCCUUCAUCCAAGGCUGAGGAACUAAAGCAUCAGAGACCGUUCAGCUUGAAUUCCAGCGUGGUUCCUUGCAGUGUCUCUUUGAAGGGACAAUAGCAGCAGCAAACUCUGAACCCCAAGGUGUAGAUCCAUCUCAGGCAACAGCAUGAGGCCUGGCAGCAUUGGCAUGUGUCACGUAUGGGACUGAGCGAGAAAGGAGUCAGCAGAUGAAAUGUCAGUACCUCAGAGACAGGUAAGAUUCGGUUCAGAAAAACCCCGAAGAUUUUGAAGGCAGACAAUUGAGUUGUCUCUGAAAGGGCACUGCUGACACUAGUGGUUUAGUCUUGCUGUGUUUGUCAGUUUUCUGACUGUAAUGUUCCGUCAUCUGUCAGUGCUUGUACACAACUGGCGUAGUUCAGCAAGAAUGAAGACGUGUGAAGACCAAUUCAUAAAGCACCAAUAUUGCAAAGAAAAUAUGGAGGACUGUGACUGAUUCCUUUUGUGUUACAGACCAGCAGCACUGCAGUUAGAAUGCCCUGGGAUAAAUCUUAAUGUAACCAUGGUCAGGAAUCUGACAUGAAUUCUCUUUAUUCUCAUCCUAUUCUGACACAUAGGGGUAAUAUAAAUACCUGCAGAGGUGGUCAUAACUGAUUAGCCUAUAGAACAUCUUGCAGCACUCAGUGCUUUUGCCUAAUAAUUUGACUUGACUGUAGGACUGCCCUCUGAUCACCACCAAUAGCUUUCUGUGUGUUGCCCAACACUUGUGAUGCUGUCUGAAUAAGCUGGUGGCAGGAACCCUGACUGGGUGCCUUGCAGUACUUGGUGGCCAAGCUGGGCAGGAGCAGUCUGAAUGUCUCUGGGUUUCCAUGUAACAUGGGUGGCACAGGCUGUCAGAAUUGUGAGGAGCAGUGCUGUGAGGGAAGAAGAGGGGAUCUCCUGCGUGGCUGGCAUAUGAAUUAGCAGGCUUGCAGUUUCAGAAGUACAACAGUUGGCCUUCUGAGGGUGUUUUCUGGAGGAAAAAACCACCCCCAACAAACCACAGGUUGUUGGCCUUUAGCCUGGCAGCAGCUAGAUGGGAUGCAAGCUCUUGGCAUCUUGGUUCCACCUAGAAGAAUCUAUUGCAUGCCAAAUGUAUCUGAUUGCUUCCAGAUCAUGACAGGAACACAGGUAGAUAGAUGCCUGAAUAGACCAAGGACUAAGUGAAGCAUGUGCUGCUUGACCACACUUUGAGACCUAUGGAUGUAUCUUCAGGAAGAAAGCAUAGAACACAGCAAAGGAACAAGAAUGCUAUCUGUGUGGGGAACUUAUUUAGGCAUCAUUAGCUUGUAUUAAACUAAGGAAAUAAUAUAUCAAGCUCUAUGAAGAGCAAGUCAAAUGCCAAGGCAUGGCAUUUUCCACAGGAACUCAUGGUUCUCUUUUGCCUUGACCUAUGUGUCAUCAUAUGCAGUGUGGAAAAGAAUCCGUUCAGAGCUCUUUGUGUCUGAAUUCAUCAGUUCAGUUGAGAACAAGGCUGGAUUUUGAAUAUCAUCUUUGCUAUUCACAUAAGUGUAGCCACAGAAAAGCAAGCUACCUAAGCAUAAAGCAGUGAUGGAAGCGUGCGUGUCUGUGUUUGUAUGAGACAAGCAGCAAGUCAUGAUUACAGGUGAUAUGUCUGUACCUAUGUGUAAUUUUGGUGUGAUUUUGUUGAGGAGCUGUUUUCUGCUUCUUGCAUCCCAGGAAAGUGAGGGUGGAGGAGCUGCAUGGGUCCCUGCAGGGCCUGCUGCAACUCUACUCUGUUUUGGCUCAUCUUGGAGCAGUAUUAUUUCCUCUUGGUUUAAUGGUGUCUGCAUGGAGAUGCAUCAGCCAUGGGAAAUAGGAGUCUGCUGAACCAGCGUGAAUAACUUGGAAACUGUGAAUUGAAUCAGGAAAAUGUGUGGAUGUAAAGCCUUACUGUGUACUGCAUAUCUGAUAGUUAAAUCCUUGAGUGUUUUGGAAAUCUCUAUGAGCUAUAAGCCAGAAUUCAAUAGUCUGAAGUUCACACUGUGCUUUAAUUUGCUUUAAUUAUCAGUUGUAUCCCAACUCGCAAAAUCCACUGAAAAUCAAAUGAUGUGAUUCUGCAUCUUACUUCUAUCCCUAUUCGAGUCACUGGCGCAUGAUUGCUUAGCCCUCAGCAUCUGAUGGUGCAAAGCAAAAGCUUUUCCCCGCCCCUAAGAAACAGGAAGAGCCACAACUACAAAAAGCGCGGUACCUUCCCAUAGACUCAGGUGGAGGAGAAUUCUUGCAGGGGAAGUCCUGAUAGAAGCCCACCCUCAUUGAGCUUGAGACAUGAUUGUACAUGGAAGAGAAUCCAGUCUCCUCAAUACUCGAGCUUGCUUGCUGCUGACACUGUACCUGUGGCUCUGGGCACAACAGACUCUGGCAACAUCAUGCCCUGAUGGUGAGCUGAGAGCAAUUUCUAAGGAUGUCAAGAAAUGCUGCCCCAAAUGCCUUUCCAGCACAGAGGACAACAGCCCAUGUGAAGGAAUAGACGAUGUGGACUGCAAGUGUCCUCAGGGAUUCAGUUGUGCUGAUAGGCCCUGUACCUCCUGCAAGAAAACUGAAUGUUCAGAGGGCGAGGAGCUGGUUAAGCUGGGCACAAUUUACUAUAAAUAUUCAUGUAAACCGUGUGAGAAAGGAACCUAUUCUAAUGGUAAAAACAGCUGGUGCCAGAGCUGGACUGAUUGUGAAAGUUCUGGCCUUCUAACAAUCCAGAAAGGCAACAGCACACACAAUUCAUUAUGUGGCUACCUGGUUAAAUAUUUGGAACAAGACGGCGUUACACGUGAUUCUCUGUACACCACUAUCCUGGCCAUCCUGACAGCGGUGGGUCUGUUUGUUCUCAUCUUGCUGACCUUCUUCUUGCAUCUCUGCAUAUGGUCGCUGAAGAAAGAAAAACACCCCGCAGCUGACAAUGUGGAACUUAACUUCCAAAGGCUGCUGUUGGCUCCACAAACAUCCCACCACAGAGAAGAGACUUACAGCUGCCAGUUUCCAGAAGAAGAACAUGGAGACAAAAUACUGGAUGAGAAACCUUACUACUUCCAACCUCCGAGUCUCCACUGAGAACAGAUAAACUGCAACGUGUUGUGAGGAUGAGGAGCUGAGCAGUAAAACAGAAGGGAGGGACUGGGUGCAUAUAAGCAUCAUUAUGUACAUAUAGAAAUAAGGAAUGGGUUUGGGGAAGUUUUCAUAGAAUCCUAGAAUGGCUUGGGUUGGAAGAGACCCGAGAGUUCGUCUAGUCCAGCUCCUCUACAUUGGGCAGGGUUGCCAACCACUAAAUCAGGUCAGGCUACCCAGGGCCCCAUCCAUCCUAGCCUGGAAGACCUCAGCUUGGUGUCAUCUGCAAACUUGCUGAGAGUGAGCUCAAUCCUACUGUCCAUGUCACUGAUAAAGAUGUUGAGGUUCACUGGGGGGACAGCACUCAUUGCCAGCCUUCACCUGGACAUAAAGCCAUUGCCCACAGCCUUCUGGCUGCAACCAUCCAACCAAUUCCUUACCCCUUGUAUAGUCUGCCCUUCAGGUCUGUCUUUCUCCAAUUUAGAGAUAAGGAAUGCAGUGUUUUGUUUUGAUACUUCUUAACAAACCUAGUAUUUAGAAACAAAGAACCUGCUAACUCAGGUUGACGUUCUGUUCAGCUGCAUUGCUUUGUACAGUUUAUCUGAGAUGUGAGUUUUAUUGUUUGGGGUUUUAUUUUUAAUCUUUUGUUGAUGCUCUUUUUAAUGUUCCUUGGGACCAGGGACCCUUUCUGUCAUUAUUAUUCCACUUUGCAUCUUCUGUACACCCUUGUUUGAUGCUCCCACAUACUGAUAGGUACAUAAGACUGAUGUUCCACCAUUAGUCCUUCCAGGGCUACAGGAAAUACAGCAUUACCCAUAGGUAAUACCAUACAAGGUGUUGUCUCUGUUGAUUUGGGUUGUACAACCUCUUGAUAAAGAGGCUCCUGAAAAGUGGAAUAUUUCCCUUCUAACCUAGUCAUGUAGCUCUGUGCUCCAAGGCUGUUUAUUUCCAGUUGGCUUUUCUUGAAGCCUUCUUCAAAGGAGGAUCUUCUUGGCAGGUUUGAAUAGACCUAAAGGAUUAAUUUCGUGAUUUAUGGAUGUUCUUUUGUUGCUGAACAUUUCCUCAGCGAUUAUAUCAAGAGGAGUUAUCUUGUUGCUGUUGCUUUUUGUUGUUGUCGUGCACCAUGAAAUCUUAAGACGGGGUGAAAUAGUUGUAGUGGGAAAAUGAAGCAUGUAUCCUUGUCCACUGUAAUACAUUCCUUCUUAGCUCCAGUUUUAAUCUUUUGGCUUCCCUGUUAUUGCAUGUAGGACUGCUAUGUCCUUGUACCUUAGCUUUCCUAUCAUUUAAAGAGUGAUAGUUCUCAACCUCAGAAGUGUAUUGUGAAACUUCAUUAGUACUUUCAGUGUAUUUUUUGCCUUCUUUGAUCCUUCUGCUGUUAAUUAGCGCGUUGCUGAUAAUUUUUCCCAUAGGUAUUGCCGUGUGAAAGUCAUUUCAAAGGAGUUUUCUUCCAUUGCCUUGAGAAAUGUGCAGGUUUUUAACUGAGGUCAACUGGAGAUUCAUCCAGGGAAAGGUGCCAAGCAUUGGACUGGAUGAAACAGGACUUAGCCUGAUGUGUGAGUCUUACACUUGAAGUGCAAGUUUGGUUCUGCCUUACAAGCAGGUGCCCUGUGGGAUCUGAUAUACUCAGAAGUCUGAACUCCUGCUGGUGAAGGCUCUUCUAACUUCUCCUGUGCUGGCCAUGUUAACUCUCUGCUCUGUAUGGACCCUUCAUUUUUUAAUGUAUUUAAUUAGAACUUGGGUUGUGACCCUUUGCAAAGGUAAAAUAAACUCGACAAUUGAA